AAUUGCUGAGAAAUCAGUUUGCUCCACCGAUCAGUCGUUCGCUAACCAUGGAGUGUGUAAAAAUUGUCUUGGUGGCAAUUUUUGCCUUGAUUGGUCAAUCUUAUUCAGCCACCAACUACCCCGAUAGCAAAGUUGUGUGUUACUAUGAUAGCCAGAGUGCCCAUAGACCAGGAAAUGGAAAAUUUGAUUUGGUAUUUAUCGAGCCCGCUCUUCAAUUCUGUACCCACUUGAUCUACGGUUAUGCCGGAAUAAAAGAAGAAAUGAACACCAUUAUUCCUCUGGACGAAUCUCUGGAUAUCAAUAGGCAAAAUUACAAACAUGUCACUGAACUGAAAAGACGUUUUCCUGGAUUAAGGAUCCUACUCUCCGUUGGUGGAGGUAAAGAUGUUAGUGGAGAAGGAAGUGAUAAAAACAUGAAGUAUAGAACUUUGUUAGAAUCUGUGGAGAGUCGUUUGGCUUUCGUUAACUCCGCUCAUAACUUGGUUAAAAACUAUGGAUUCGAUGGAUUGGACCUCGCCUGGGAGUUCCCUGAAACCAAACCAAAGAAAAUACGUAACAAAGUUUCGUCUUGGUUCGUUAAUAUUAAGCACAAAAUCGUGGGAGAAUCAGUAAUAGACGAGAAGGCUGAAGAACACAAAGAACAAUUUACUGCUCUCGUUAGGGAGCUGAGGAAUGUGUUCAGACAUGAUGGGCUUCUAUUAACUGUUUCUCAGUUACCUAAUGUAAACUCUAGCGUUUAUUUUGACCCUCGUCAGUUGGCUCCCAACGUAGACUUCGUCACUCUCCAAGCCUUUGACUAUAGAACCCCAGAAAGGAAUCCCAAAGAACUAGACUACCCUGCGCCACUUUAUGAGUUAUUGGAUAGAAAACCAGAUGAAAAUGCUGAUUUUCAAGUCAGGAAUUGGCUUACCCAAGGUUUUCCAGCAAAUAAACUGAUCCUUGGCAUUCCAACGUACGGACGAGCUUGGAAAUUAAAUGAGGACUCUGGUCUAACUGGAGUUCCUCCACUAUCCACUGAUGGCGCUGCUGAUGCUGGUCAGCUAACCAACGAGGCUGGCUUACUCAGCUACCCAGAAAUUUGCAAUAAGAUUGCUAACCAAAAGGAAGUCCAAGCCGGGUACCUUGGCAAGCUUAGGAAAGUCAAUGAUCCCACCAAACGAUAUGAGGAAGAGUAUCAAUAUUGGAAUGUUAGCGAAGUUACUAAUAGAUAUGGUUCAUACGCUUUCCGGCUUCCUGACAAGGAUGGCAACAACGGUAUUUGGGUUGGCUUUGAAGAUCCAGAUACUGCUGGUAAUAAGGCCAGCUAUGCCAAAGCAAAGGGUCUUGGUGGGAUUGCAUUGAUCGAUAUUACCAUGGAUGACUUCAGAGGCACAUGCGCGACUGAUCAUUUUCCUUUAUUGAGAGCCUCUAAGUUUAGGCUGUAAAUUUUUAGGAAUAAGUUUUUGUUAAAAAAGUGUGGGUUUUUUAUAUUGUUUUAAUUUUUAUCGUGGGAAUGCAUUUGUUAUUGUUUAGAUAAAGAAGUGUGGAACCAAAAAUUAUUAUGAAGCUAGGUAAUAUAUUUAGACAUAAAAUA